CUGCUCCUCCGUCCACAAUAGCAGCGCAGUUCUCAGGCUGCGGGAGACAGUGGAGGAGAUGCGCCCCCUUGUGGUCAGGAGCCCGGCGGCAGCCGACUCCACUGCCUCCCACAGUUCCGCCCCUGGCUUACCUGUCCUGCGUCCUCGUGGAUGUUCAUUUGGCAUCUUGGCUGUCGGGAAUCCAGUGCUAGGAUGGUUAACCUAUUUGGGACGCAUUCCAAAUAGUGUCAGAAUUCUGGCGUUGAUAUUCUGACUGCGGGGAUCCUGACAGCUGGGAUUCUUCUGACCGGAUCCCAUUUCAGAGAUGGGGGUCCAUCGGAUUCUGCACUUAUGUGCAUGGAUUGCAUUGCUUUGUGAACUUGGAUUGGCCGGUCCAGCAGGGACUGAAUUCAUCACCACCUUCAUGCAGAACGCUUUGCCCAGAUCCAGUGAGCAGAGAUAUGAACUUCGUAUAACUGCCCUUCAGGAUAAUACCGCUGUGUCAGUCACUGUUUUUGGGGGAGCUUACAACAGAAACAUAACUCUAAAAGGUGGCGUUACGAUCUCUGUGCAACUGCCAGCAUCUGUGGAGAUCAGGGGGAGUGUGACUUUUAUCAACACCGUCUACGUCAGGUCCAACAAACCCAUCACUGUUGUUUCCCUUAACUACAAGUUCCAAAGUGGGGAGGUAUCAAUAGUGUACCCACUGGACUCCUUGGGAACAGAUUAUUAUUUAAUAACCCCCAAAACUGGUUCUUCUGGUUCUGCGAAGGUGUUCUCAGUCCUGGCCUCCAAUGAAAAGACUUCUGUUAAAAUUCACACGAAAGGUCUUGUACUGCAAAAUGGAAUUAGAUAUUUAGCAGGUAGCGUUAUCAGUGUGGACUUGCUUCCAUUCCAUGGGGUCCAGGUGACCAGUGCUGAUGAUCUGUCGGGCUCUCUAGUGACUUCUUCGUACCCAGUGGCUGUGUUGAGUGGACACACAUGCGCCCAGAAGAACACUAAAUGCAAUCAUGUCUAUGAACAAAUGCUUCCUGUCUCUGAGUGGGGAACAAAGUAUUUUGUUGUCCCAUUAUCUUUUCAACAAAACACAGACCUUGUCUAUGUCAUAGCAGCGGGCAAAGCAGAAGUUACCAUCCUUGUCAAUAACACCCAAAGAAAAGAAAACAUGGUAGCUGGUCAGGUCCUAGAUGUAGAAAUAUCAAAGCUACCUAUGAAAAUUGAAGCAAGCGCUGUUAUACAAGUCACCUAUUUUAACACCGGUGGUAGGGGAAGGCGGUACAUGUAUGACCCAUUCCUGAUGAAUAUCUUAGACACGGACAGUUAUUGCACUUCCUAUCACAUAUACGGGCAAAGGGGCAUUGACAACUAUGCAAUCAUAAUAGCCGAGACCUCUUCAACCGACAAACUCACAUUUGAUGGAAGACCACUUAUUAAGCCACAGUGGACUGCGAUAGGAGCAACCGGAUUCAGUUGGCUUGAGUACAAUUUUGGAAACAGUUUCACUUCUCACAAGGUGGAUCAUCCGACAACGAGAUUUGGGCUGCAGAGUGUUGGGAUCAGCGCACUCUUCAGCUAUGGCUCUCCGGGGACUUGCACGAAAGAGCCGGGACCUCCACCACCGACUUGCAAAACUACUCUCUGCCCAUAUCGUCAAGUCUGCGUCAUGCAGAGCGGGAAGCCAAAAUGUGUCAGACCGCAGGUGGACACGUGCUCAGCAUCAGGAGAUCCCCACUUUAAGACUUUUGAUCAAAAAUAUUACGACUUCAUGGGCACUUGCACCUAUAAUUUAACAUAUGUCUGUAAACCUGUUGAAGCAGAUCUUCCAAUAUUUAACGUUCUAAUGAAGAAUGACAAUCGCGGGAAUGUCCGUGUUUCCUACGUCGCUCAGGUCACCGUGAAAAUGGGGAUACAUACUAUCGUAAUCAAAAAGGGAGAAGUCGGCUACGUAAGGGUGGACAAUAACCGAAAACAACUUCCUCUGUCACUGUUAGAUGGGACCCUGAAGCUCUUCCAAAGUGGGCACUCAGCAGUCAUACACAUUGGGAAAGAUGCGCUGGUGUCCUAUGACUGGAACCAUAUUUUGCUGGUGCUGCUCACCAGGCGCUACGCUGGCAAAAUGUGCGGCAUGUGUGGGAAUUAUAACCAAAAUCCAGAUGAUGACUUUCUAACGCCGGUUGGGACGAAAGCUCCUGAUGCAAUAGCCUUUGGUGGGAGCUGGAUGGUGAAAGAUAACACAUUUUGCUGGCAUGAUUGUCGUGGACCUUGUCAGAGUUGCCCAUCAAACUCUGCAAAAAAGUAUUCAACGGAUAAGUAUUGCGGACUUAUCAGCAAAAAGGAUGGCCCCUUUAGUGAAUGCCACGCCACUGCAGACCCAAAGAUGUAUAUGGAUAAUUGCGUGUUUGAUGCAUGUGUAAACGAAGGGUAUAAGAAGAUUUCAUGUGAUGCUGUCCGAGCUUAUGCUGAAACAUGCCAGCAGGCAGGGGUGAAUAUUAAGCCAUGGCGAGAGGCCGCUGGAUGCCCCAUCUCUUGCAAUGGCAAUAGCACCUACAAGCUGUGUGGAAAGGCUUGCCCAGCAACAUGUCAAGAUCCAGAUGGUUCAGCCACCUGCACUGAGCCAUGCGUGGAGACUUGUGAGUGUAAUCCAGGCUUUGUUCUGAGCGAAGGGAGGUGUAUUCCCAAAGCAAGCUGCGGAUGCUCUUAUAAUGGAUUCUCCUAUUCCCCCAAUGAUUCAUUUUGGAACGACACACAGUGCCGACAGCGAUGUGUGUGCAAUGGACAUACCCAGAAGGUUGAAUGCAAAGUCAGUCCGUGUCGAGUGGAGGAAGAAUGUGUUGUGAAGAAUGGCCUUCUAGGCUGUUACCCAAAAUCGUUUGGUGUGUGUAAUACAGUAGGUGACCCACAUUACAAGACCUAUGAUGGAAAGAAGAUCGAUUUUCAGGGUACCUGUACGUAUCUGUUCAGCAGUCUUUGUGACCACAGUCGUGGACUUACCAAUUUCAGUGUCUGGGUCCAGAACCAGAACCGUGGCAAUCACAGAAUUUCAUAUGCAACAGUAGUCUAUAUCUUCGUCUACGGCCUUGAGAUUCAACUCAGCAGACAGUAUCCUAAUAAAGUCAUGGUGAACAACAUGCUGAUAAAUCUGCCGUACAGAUCACUCGAUGGUCGAGUCUUUAUCUUCCGCACCCCUUCCUUAGCUGUUGUCAGUGCUGACUUUGGCCUGAAAGUUGGAUAUGACUUCAACAGUGUUGCCAGAGUUGGCCUACCAGGAACAUAUGCACAAGCCGUCUGCGGGCUUUGUGGCAACUUUAAUGGCAAGCCCGGUGACGAUUUGACACCCAAAGGGGGGAAAAGUGUCACCGAUGUUGCUACAUUUGUCAAGAGUUGGAAGGUGGGAGAAGUGCAUAAGUGCAAAGAUGACAGUGGUCCAGUUUGUGCUACACUAUCGUCUGAUCUAAAAAAACAAAGGGAUGGAGCCAUUGAUUGUGGCAUCUUAGUCAGCCGCCAGGGGCCGUUCCGUGACUGCCACAGUCUUGUAGAUCCAGAACCUUACUUCGAGGACUGCGUCUUUGAUUAUUGCAUUCUCCAGAAGCGUCAGACAGUUUUCUGCUCAGACAUAUAUUCUUAUGUCAUGGCAUGCCAAGCUGCCGGAGGAAAGGUCUACCCAUGGCGUAGUCAAAAAUUCUGCCCAUUAUCCUGCCCUGAUCAUAGCAGCUACGACAUCUGUGCUGACCCCUGUCCUACAACCUGCAAUGGUCUCUCCUCCCCAGAAGGCUGUGAUGGGAAUUGUAUGGAAGGUUGCGUGUGCAAUGAUGGAUUCAUGUGGAGUGGAGAAGAUUGUGUCCCAAUCUCAAGGUGCGGCUGCACCUACAACGAUGUCUAUUACUCUGUUGGUCAGAGCACGUACGCCGGAGACAGGUGUUCCCAGAGAUGCAACUGCACUGAGGGGGGAUUUAUGGAGUGUGCAGCAUCAUCUUGUUCCUCCAACGAGGAGUGCCGCGUGGAGAAGGGGGUGCUUGGCUGCCAUCCGUUAGGCUCAGCCACUUGCACAGCUGCCGGGCAUUCUCAUUAUCGGACAUUCGACAGCCGAGCUUACGACUUCCGUGGGUCCUGCUCCUAUGUGCUUGCUGAAAGUUGCAAGGCCAAUGGCGCUCAGAGUGGCGGAGAUUUCAAUGAGUUCAAGGUGACGGUCAAACACGAGAAGCUUGGUUCCGGCGCUGGAGUGAUCGAGAGUGUAACAGUAGAAGUAUUCAAACUAAACCUGACUCUCUCCAGCAAGCAAAGAGGUGUUAUCCAGGUCAAUGGGGCGGCCUUCAGAUUUCCAAGCACUUUAUUGGCUGGUCAAGUACGAGCUGAGUGUUACGGUCUAGGCAAGCUAAUUAAGACUUCUUUCGGCCUAUUGGUGACCUUUGACCUCCAGAACCAAGUCAGGGUCACUGUUCCGAGCAACUACAGGAAUCACAUGUGUGGUCUUUGUGGUAACUACAAUGGGAACGCUGCAGACGAUGUAGGGGCAACACCUAAUGAGAUUCAUGAGUUUGGAACUAAGUGGAAAGUUCCCGGAGUUCAAGGACAGGGGUGUGAUGGGUGUGGUGGCACGGGUAACCCCUGUCCUUCCUGCCAGGGGGCAAAGGAGAAAAUAUUUUCACAAAAGCAUUACUGCGGCAUUAUUAGUGACCCCUCUGGUCCAUUCGCAAAAUGCCACGCCCUUGUCAGCCCCACUUCCUUCCUGAAUGACUGCGUCUCCGACUUGUGCCAGACCAAUGGCGAGGACAGCAUGACGCUGUGCAGCAGUAUCGCGGUCUACGUCGCCGCCUGCAACCAAGCCGGGAUGAAAGACAUAACGUGGAGGACCGAUACGCUCUGUCCCAUGAUGUGUUGGCCGCACAGUCACUAUGUUCCCUGCGCAGACAUGUGUUCCACCAGCUGCGCCUCCAUCGCGGACACAUACGAGUGCUCUGACCUCUGCGAUGAAGGCUGUGAGUGUGAUGAGGGUUACGUCUUUGAUGGAGAAGAUUGUAUACCAUUAAGCCAGUGUGGAUGCUUUGACAAUGGACGCUACUACCAGGCUGGUGAAACUGUGCUGACCGACGACUGCAGUCGGGAAUGUACCUGCAAUCCUAUCUCCGGACUCAGCUGUCAGAACAAAACCUGCACGAAGGGCGAGAAGUGCCAGCUUGUGGAUGGUGUGAGGUCUUGUGUCAACACUGAUCCCUGCAAAUCCAAAAAGUGCCGUUUGAAGGAGCAAUGCCAGGUCCAGGGGGGCAUUGCUGCAGUUUGUGUGCCAGAAUACACAAGUAUGUGCUGGGCAUGGGGUGACCCGCAUUUCCACACGCUGGAUGGGCUUGACUAUGACUUCCAAGGCACCUGCACCUACAUUCUGUCUAAGUACACGGGCAAUGAUCCCACCCUGGAACCGUUCCAGAUUACUAUAAAAAGUGAUACCAGAGGAACCGAGGCUGCCUCCUAUGUCAGGACCAUGGAAAUUAUGAUGCAUUCUACCACAGUCUCCAUUAAUGUUGGAGAAUUUCCUCAAGUACAAGUCAAUGGCGAGUCAACCAAUCUGCCAGUCACCCUAGCUGGUGGGAAACUGAAAGUGAGUCAAAGUGGUCUGACAGCCACUGUAGAGGCUGAAGGUGGUUUGGUAGUCACUUUUGAUUGGAAUUGGGUUGCUACCGUAACUGUGCCCAGCAGCUACUAUAACUCAGUAUCUGGACUCUGUGGCAACUUCAACCAAGAUCCUAAGGAUGAUCAGAGAACACCUAAAGGAGCUCCGGUGGGCUCCAUCAUAGACUGGGCAGGAUCAUGGAAAGUGUAUGACCGAGAUCCAUUCUGUUUUGAUGUUUGCCCGGGAGUAUGUCCAACCUGUGAUGAAAAGAAGAAGCUCCAGUAUAAGGCUGACAACAACUGCGGCAUCAUCUCCAAAAAAGAUGGCCCGUUUAGGGAAUGUUUCCCAAAAGUCAGUCCCAACAAGUUCUUUGAUGCCUGUCUCUUUGAUGUCUGUAUGAAUGAUGGUGCAAAACUCAUUCUUUGCCAAGCACUUGAGACAUACGCAAGCACUUGCUUAAAUGAAGGAGUUAAACUUUAUGACUGGAGGGCACCUUCUGGAUGUCCCAAAAUUUGUGAAGAUAAGAACAGUCACUACAACGCCUGUGGAAAUGCCUGCCCGGCCUAUUGCUCCAACAGAGAUGCCCCAGCCAAAUGCACAAAGCCCUGUGUGGAGACUUGUGAAUGCAAUCACAACAUGGUCCUCAGUGGAGACACGUGUGUGCCCAUCUCAAGUUGCGGCUGUCAAUACAAUGGACGGUACUACGAACCUGACCAGUCCUUUUACAACGAGAAGUGUGCUAUGCUCUGCAAAUGUGAUGCACGUCUGGGAAUUGUGGAUUGUCAACAAGUCAAAUGCAAAGACAGUGAGAAGUGCAUGGUGGUCAAUGGGAUCCGAGGAUGCUAUCCUACCGAGAAUUCCACCUGCAUCGCCUCUGGGGAUCAGUACAAGACAUUUGAUAAUAAGAGGUUCCCAUAUGUGGGCACCUGUAUCUAUGAGAUGGUGAACGUGAUCCCAAACAACUCAUCUCUGACGCCCUUCACAGUCAGUAUACAGAAUGACCAGCGGGGCAACAAGGCCAUAUCCUUCACCAAAGAUGUGACAUUGAAGGUUUACGGCAAGACGAUAACCAUAAGCAGAGACUACCCUCAGCAGAUCCAGGUUGAUGGUAUCUUGACAAGCUUGCCUUUUUAUUAUGAGCUAAGAAAGAUCAUGAUUUACUGGUCAGUAAGCGGUGUGCUUAUCAAGACAGGUUUUGGUCUAUCAGUGGGUUUUGAUGGAUGGAACCAUGUACGAGUGGUAUUGCCAAGUACUUACAAGGGAGCCGUCAAUGGUUUGUGUGGCAACAAUAAUGGAGAUCCCUCUGAUGACUUCACCAUGGGUGGAGGAGUAACAGCCAAAACUCCAGAACAAUUUGGAGACCACUGGAAGGUGGGAGGAGUAGAGGGAUGCACGAAUAAAUGCUCAGACUGUAAAAAGUGCAAUGAGAAAGAAAUGGAACCUUACAAAAAUGACCGGUUUUGUGGACUUCUUACCAAACCUGCUGGUCCAUUCAGCCAAUGCUAUGCUUCCAUUGACCCAACUCCAUACUUUGACAAAUGUGUAUCUGACGCAUGUGCCUUCAAGGGCCACCAAUCUGUUGUCUGUGAGAGUAUUAAUUCCUAUGUCUCUGAUUGCCAAGGAAACGGCUCUGUGAUCAAGGAAUGGAGGACGCCAUCUUUCUGUGAAAAGGUCUGCCCCACCAAAAGCCACUAUGAUUUACGUGGUAAUGGAUGCCCGGCAACCUGUUUUGGUCUCACAGCUCCACCAACCUGUGUCAAAUCCCAAACUGAAGGCUGUUACUGUGAUAACGGCUUCAUCCUCAGUGGCCAGGACUGUGUGCCCGUUCCCCAAUGUGGUUGUGUUAUGAGCAAUAUAUAUUACAAGUUGGGGCAGGAAUUCUACACCGACAAUCUGUGCCGGAUGAAGUGUACGUGCGGGCAGAAUGGCAUCACCACCUGCCGGAGCAGCCCCUGUGGAGCAAACGAAGAAUGCAAAGUGGUGGAUGGUGUCCUGGGCUGUCAUGCCAAAGAGUUUGGCCAAUGUGUGGCAUGGGGUGACCCCCACAUCACCUCAUUUGAUAAUGUAUACUAUGACCUACAGACCACCUGCCCCUCUACCCUUGUUAGGCUUAAGGGACACUAUGGAAAUUAUAUGGUGACAGUAGACAAAGAACCGUAUGGACAUUCUGCAGUCACCAAAUCGGUCACCGUCACCAUUGGAGACCAUGUCUUACGCUUGGAGAGAGGGAGAACAUGGAGCAUAGUGGUGAAUGAAGAAAGAUACAACCUUCCCUACCAGUCCCAAAAUCGACAAUUUUGGAUAAACGAAGAAGGGAAUCAUGUUAUUAUUCAGGCAAAGGAUGGCUUCAAGGUGAUGUCUGACCGGCAGUACUGUGUCUCAGUCUGGGUGCCAAGCACAUACGCUGGAAUCACUGAAGGGCUCUGUGGAAACUACAAUAAAAACAAGAAAGAUGACUUCCGCCUUCCUAAUGGCACCAUUGUCACCGAUCCAGCAGUGUUUGGUGGCUCCUGGGCAGUAGCUGGAGAUGGGUCACGUUGCAAAGGAUGUACUGGAGAUGAGUGUCCAACCUGUGAUAAAGCUGCAUCUGCUGAGGCUAAUUCACCUACCAAAUGUGGAAUGAUAAAAGACCCCCGUGGUCCAUUCAAGAGCUGCCAUGCUCUAGUGCCCCCAGAUACAUAUGCCAGUAGCUGUGCGUCUGAUGUUUGCGCUGGAAGUGAUCGGCAUGGCACUCUGUGUGCCAGCCUACAAGCGUAUACAGCAUUAUGUCAAGAAAAAGGCGUCACGAUUGGAUCCUGGAGAGAGAUUGCCAGCUGCCCGCUUGCCUGUCAGGCCCACAGCCAUUACGCACUGUGUACCCGGACCUGCCUAGAAACCUGCAAUGGUCUCACCACACCGAGCUCUUGUACAGGCAGAUGUUUCGAAGGCUGUGAGUGCGACACUGGUUACAUAUUCGAUGGGGACAAGUGUGUCACAAUGGAUAAAUGUGGAUGUGACCACAACGGAAGGUAUUUAAGGUAUAAUGAAUCGGUGCUGAGUGCUGACUGCAGCCAAGAGUGUACAUGUAAUCUUGGCCCCAGCGUGAGCUGCCAUAGCACCCGCUGUGCUCAGGAUGAGAGAUGCCAGCUGCGGGAUGGUGUGAGGAUGUGUGUCAACAAGGACCCCUGUAGAUACAAGACCUGCCGUGCCAAGGAGAGCUGCAAAGUUCAAAAUGACAAAGCCGUUUGUGUGCCAGACUUCAGCGGCUUGUGUUGGGCAUGGGGUGACCCCCAUUUCCACUCCUUUGAUGGUCUUGACUUUGACUUCCAAGGCACCUGCAGCUACAUCCUUGCUAAAUACACCGGUAAAGAUCCCACCCUGGAACCAUUCCAGAUUACCAUAAAAAAUGAUAACAGGGCAACCCAAGCCUCCUCAUUUGUCAGGAGCACAGAAAUUAACAUGUAUUCCAACGACAUCAAAAUUAAUGUUGGAGAAUUUCCUCAAAUACGAGUCAAUGAUGAAUUAACAAAUCUUCCAGUCAGCCUAGCCAACGGCAAACUCAAAGUGACUCAAAGUGGUCUGACCGCCAUUGUAGAAGCUGAAGGUGGUUUGGUAUUCACUUUUGAUUGGAACUGGCACACUACCAUAACCGUGCCCAGCAGCUACUAUAACUCGGUAUCUGGACUCUGUGGGAACUUCAACCAAGAUCCAAAAGAUGAUCAAAGAGCACCAAAUGGAAAACUAGUGAACUCCACUGUAGACUGGGCAGGAUUGUGGAAAGUUUACGACCGAGACCCGUUCUGUUUUGACCAUUGUCCAGGCAAAUGUCCGACCUGCGAAGAAAGCAAGAAGCAGCAGUUUGCGAGCAAUAAUAACUGUGGUCUCAUUUUUAAAAAGGAUGGACCAUUCAGAGAGUGUACCUCAAAAGUCGACCCCAGAUCUUUCUUUGACUCCUGUCUCUUUGAUGUCUGUAUGAGUGAUGGUGCUAAAAAUAUUCUUUGUCAAGUACUAGAGACAUAUGCAAUCACUUGCCAAGGACAAGGAGCUAAACUUUACGAUUGGAGGACGCCAUCUGGUUGCCCCAAGAUAUGUGAAGAUAAGAACAGUCACUAUAACGCCUGUGGAAAUGCCUGCCCAGCCUAUUGCUCCAACAGAGAUGCCCCAGCAAAUUGCACAAAGCAUUGUGUAGAGACGUGUGAGUGCAAUCACAACAUGGUCCUCAGUGUGAACAAGUGUGUCCCUAUCUCAAACUGCGGCUGCCAACAGAACGGACACUACUAUGAGCCUAACCAGUCCUGGUAUGAUGAGAAGUGUACUAGGGUUUGCAAAUGCGAACCACUCCUGGGAAAAGUGACAUGCCAAUCGGCAAGCUGCAAAGACAGUGAGAAGUGCAUGGUGGCCAACGGGAUCCGGGGAUGCUAUCCUACCAAGAACUCCACUUGCAUCGCCUCUGGGGAUCAGUACAAGACAUUUGAUAAUAAGAGGUUUCCAUAUGUGGGCACCUGUAUCUAUGAGAUGGUGAACGUGAUCCCAAACAACUCAUCUCUGACGCCCUUCACAGUCAGUAUACAGAAUGACCAGCGGGGUAACAAGGCCAUAUCCUUCACCAAAGAUGUGACAUUGAAGGUGUACGGCAAGACGAUAACCAUAAGCAGAGACUACCCUCAGCAGAUCCAGGUUGAUGGUAUCUUGACAAGCUUGCCUUUUUAUUAUGAGCUAAGAAAGAUCAUGAUUUACUGGUCAGUAAGCGGUGUGCUUAUCAAGACAGGUUUUGGUCUAUCAGUGGGUUUUGAUGGAUGGAACCAUGUACGAGUGGUAUUGCCAAGUACUUACAAGGGAGCCGUCAAUGGUUUGUGUGGCAACAAUAAUGGAGAUCCCUCUGAUGACUUCACCAUGGGUGGAGGAGUAACAGCCAAAACUCCAGAACAAUUUGGAGACCACUGGAAGGUGGGAGGAGUAGAGGGAUGCGCGAAUAAAUGCUCAGACUGUAAAAAGUGCAAUGAGAAAGAAAUGGAACCUUACAAAAAUGACCGGUUUUGUGGACUUCUUACCAAACCUGCUGGUCCAUUCAGCCAAUGCUAUGCUUCCAUUGACCCAACUCCAUACUUUGACAAAUGUGUAUCUGACGCAUGUGCCUUCAAGGGCCACCAAUCUGUUGUCUGUGAGAAUAUUGAUUCCUAUGUCUCUGAUUGCCAAGGAAACGGCUCUGUGAUCAAGGAAUGGAGGACGCCAUCUUUCUGUGAAAAGGUCUGCCCCUCCAAAAGCCACUAUGAUUUACAUGGUAAUGGAUGCCCGGCAACCUGUUUUGGUCUCACAGCUCCACCAACCUGUGUCAAAUCCCAAACUGAAGGCUGUUACUGUGAUAACGGCUUCAUCCUCAGUGGCCAGGACUGUGUGCCCAUUCCCCAAUGUGGUUGUGUUAUGAGCAAUACAUAUUACAAGUUGGGGCAGGAAUUCUACACCGACAAUCUGUGCCAGAUGAAGUGUACGUGCGGGCAGAAUGGCAUCACCACCUGCCGGAGCAGCCCCUGUGGAGCAAACGAAGAAUGCAAAGUGGUGGAUGGUGUCCUGGGCUGUCAUGCCAAAGAGUUUGGCCAAUGUGUGGCAUGGGGUGACCCCCACAUCACCUCAUUUGAUAAUGUAUACUAUGACCUACAGACCACCUGCCCCUCUACCCUUGUUAGGCUUAAGGGACACUAUGGAAAUUAUAUGGUGACAGUAGACAAAGAACCGUAUGGACAUUCUGCAGUCACCAAAUCGGUCACCGUCACCAUUGGAGACCAUGUCUUACGCUUGGAGAGAGCGAGAACAUGGAGCAUAGUGGUGAACGAAGAAAGAUACAACCUUCCCUACCAGUCCCAAAAUCGACAAUUUUGGAUAAAUGAAGAAGGGAAUCAUGUUAUUAUUCAGGCAAAGGAUGGCUUCAAGGUGAUGUCUGACCGGCAGUACUGUGUCUCAGUUUGGGUGCCAAGCACAUACGCUGGAAUCACUGAAGGGCUCUGUGGAAACUACAAUAAAAACAAGAAAGAUGACUUCCGCCUUCCGAAUGGCACCAUUGUCACCGAUCCGGCAGUGUUUGGUGGCUCCUGGGCAGUAGCUGGAGAUGGGUCACGUUGCAAAGGAUGUACUGGAGAUGAGUGUCCAACCUGUGAUAAAGCUGCAUCUGCUGAGGCUAAUUCACCUACCAAAUGUGGGAUGAUAAAAGACCCCCGUGGUCCAUUCAAGAGCUGCCAUGCUCUAGUGCCCCCAGAUACAUAUGCCAGUAGCUGUGCGUCUGAUGUUUGCGCUGGAAGUGAUCGGCAUGGCACUCUGUGUGCCAGCCUACAAGCGUAUACAGCAUUAUGUCAAGAAAAAGGCGUCACGAUUGGAUCCUGGAGAGAGAUUGCCAGCUGCCCGCUUGCCUGUCAGGCCCACAGCCAUUACGCGCUGUGUACCCGGACCUGCCUAGAAACCUGCAAUGGUCUCACCACACCGAGCUCUUGUACAGGCAGAUGUUUCGAAGGCUGUGAGUGCGACACUGGUUACAUAUUCGAUGGGGACAAGUGUGUCACAAUGGAUAAAUGUGGAUGCGACCACAACGGAAGGUAUUUAAGGUAUAAUGAAUCGGUGCUGAGUGCUGACUGCAGCCAAGAGUGCACAUGUAAUCUUGGCCCCAGCGUGAGCUGCCGUAGCACCCGCUGUGCUCAGGAUGAGAGAUGCCAGCUGCGGGAUGGUGUGAGGAUGUGUGUCAACAAGGACCCCUGUAGAUACAAGACCUGCCGUGCCAAGGAGAGCUGCAAAGUUCAAAAUGACAAAGCCGUUUGUGUGCCAGACUUCAGCGGCUUGUGUUGGGCAUGGGGUGACCCCCAUUUCCACUCCUUUGAUGGUCUUGACUUUGACUUCCAAGGCACCUGCAGCUACAUCCUUGCUAAAUACACCGGUAAAGAUCCCACCCUGGAACCAUUCCAGAUCACCAUAAAAAAUGAUAACAGGGCAACCCAAGCCUCCUCAUUUGUCAGGAGCACAGAAAUUAACAUGUAUUCCAACGACAUCAAAAUUAAUGUUGGAGAAUUUCCUCAAAUACGAGUCAAUGAUGAAUUAACAAAUCUUCCAGUCAGCCUAGCCAACGGCAAACUCAAAGUGACUCAAAGUGGUCUGACCGCCAUUGUAGAAGCUGAAGGUGGUUUGGUAUUCACUUUUGAUUGGAACUGGCACACUACCGUAACCGUGCCCAGCAGCUACUAUAACUCGGUAUCUGGACUCUGUGGGAACUUCAACCAAGAUCCAAAAGAUGAUCAAAGAGCACCAAAUGGAAAUCUAGUGAACUCCACUGUAGACUGGGCAGGAUUGUGGAAAGUUUACGACCGAGACCCGUUCUGUUUUGACCAUUGUCCAGGCAAAUGUCCGACCUGCGAAGAAAGCAAGAAGCAGCAGUUUGCCAGCAAUAAUAACUGUGGUCUCAUUUUUAAAAAGGAUGGACCAUUCAGAGAGUGUACCUCAAAAGUCGACCCCAGAUCUUUCUUUGACUCCUGUCUCUUUGAUGUCUGUAUGAGUGAUGGUGCUAAAAAUAUUCUUUGUCAAGUACUAGAGACGUAUGCAAUCACUUGCCAAGGACAAGGAGCUAAACUUUACGAUUGGAGGACGCCAUCUGGUUGCCCCAAGAUAUGUGAAGAUAAGAACAGUCACUAUAACGCCUGUGGAAAUGCCUGCCCAGCCUAUUGCUCCAACAGAGAUGCCCCAGCAAAUUGCACAAAGCAUUGUGUAGAGACGUGUGAGUGCAAUCACAACAUGGUCCUCAGUGUGAACAAGUGUGUCCCCAUCUCAAACUGCGGCUGCCAACAGAACGGACGCUACUACGAGCCUAACCAGUCCUGGUAUGAUGAGAAGUGUACUAGGGUUUGCAAAUGCGACCCACUCCUGGGAAAAGUGACCUGCCAAUCGGCAAGCUGCAAAGACAGUGAGAAGUGCAUGGUGGCCAACGGGAUCCGGGGAUGCUAUCCUACCAAGAACUCCACUUGCACUGCUACUGGGGAUCAUUACAAGACAUUUGAUAAUAAGUGGUUUUCACAUGUGGGCACCUGUAUCUAUGAGAUGGUGAACAUGAUACCAAAUAACCAAUCUCUGACGCCCUUCACAGUCAGUAUACAGAAGGAAUGGCGGGGAAACAAGGCCAUAUCCUUCAUAAAAGAUGUGACAUUGAAGGUCUACAAAAAAACAAUAACCAUGAGCAGAGACUCCCCCCAGCAGAUCAAGGUUGAUGAAGUAGGGACAAGCUUGCCUUUUUAUCUUCAGCCAACUCAUUUGCCAGGAAAAAAUGUGAACUUGGUCUCAGUUUAUUUGUCAGGAAAUAAUGUGAUUAUGAGGACAGAUUUUGGUCUAUCAGUGAGUUUUGAUGGAUGGAACCAUGUACGAGUGGCAAUGCCAAGUACUUACAAGGGAGCCGUCAAUGGUUUGUGUGGCAACAAUAAUAAAAAUCCAUCUGAUGACUUCACCAUGGGUGGAGGAGCAACAGCCAAAACUCCAGAACAAUUUGGAGACCACUGGAAGGUGGGGGGAGUAAAGGGAUGCACGGAUAAAUGCUCAGACUGUAAAAAGUGCAAUGAGAAAGAAAUGGAAACUUACAAAAAUGACCGAUUUUGUGGACUUCUCACCAAACCUGGUGGUCCAUUCAGCCAAUGCUAUGCUUCCAUUGACCCAACUCCAUACUUUAAUAACUGUUUAUCUGAUGCAUGUGCUUCCAAUGGUCACCAAUCUGUUGUCUGUGGCAGCAUUGAUUCCUAUGUCUCCGAUUGCCAAGGAAAUGGCUCUGUGGUCAAGGAAUGGAGGACGCCAUCUUUCUGUGAAAAGGGCUGCCCCACCAAAAGCCACCAUAAACUCCUUGGCGAUGGAUGCCCGGCUACCUGUUUUGGUCUCAAAGCUCCACCAGACUGUGUCAAAUCCCAAACUGAAGGCUGCUACUGUGAUAACGGCUUCAUCCUCAGUGGCCAGGACUGUGUGCCUAUUCCCCAAUGUGGUUGUGUUACGAACAAUACAUAUUACAAGUUGGGGCAGGAAUUCUACACCGACAACCUGUGCCGAAUGAAAUGUACGUGCGGGCAGAAUGGCAUCACCACCUGCCGGAGCAGCCCCUGUGGAGCAAACGAAGAAUGCAAAGAAGUGGAUGGUGUCCUGGGCUGCCAUGCCAAAGAGUUUGGCCAAUGUGUGACAUGGGGUGACCCCCACCAUGUCUCCUUUGAUAAUGUAUACUAUGGCCUUCAGGGCACGUGCUCCUAUGCCUUGGUUAGGGUUAAGGGAAGCCAAGCAAGUUUUCUGGUGAGGGUAGACUAUGAACCAUAUGGAAAUUCUGCUGUCAUCAAAUCAGUCACUGUCACCAUUGGAGACCAGAUCAUACAUUUGGAGAGAGAGAGAACCUGGAGCAUAGUGUUGAACAGUGAAAGAUAUAACCUUCCCUGCCAGCAACGAAAUCGUCAAUUUUGGAUAAACGAAGAAGGGAAUAAUGUUAUCAUUCAAACUAAAGCUGGCUUUAAGGUGAUGUUUGACCGGCAGUACUCUGUCUCAGUCUGGGUACCCAGUUCAUACGCUGGAAUCACUGAAGGGCUCUGUGGAAACUACAAUAAGAACAUUAAAGAUGACUUCCGUCUUCCGAACGGCACCAUUGUCUCCGAUCCGGCGGUGUUUGGUGGCUCCUGGGCAGUAGCUGGAGAUGGUUCGGAUUGUCGCGGAUGUACAGGAGACCACUGUCCAGUCUGUACUCAAGCUGCAUCCGCUGAGGCUAAUUCUCCCACCAAAUGUGGGUUGUUAACAGACCCUCGGGGUCCAUUCAAGGACUGCCAUGCCUUGGUGCCUCCAGAGAGAUAUGCCAACAGCUGCAUAUCUGAUGGCUGUGGUAACCGCGGUGGACGAGCUGCUGUGUGUGCCAGCUUACAAGCUUAUAUGGCAAUAUGCCAAGAAAAAGGAGCCAACGUCGGAGCCUGGAGAGAUAACGCCAGUUGCCCACUUGCAUGUCCAUCCAAGAGCCAUUAUGCGCUGUGUACCCGGACCUGCGACUACACCUGUAAUGGUCUCCUCGCACCGAGCUCUUGUAGCGACAGAUGUUUUGAAGGCUGUGAGUGUGACCCUGGUUAUAUAUAUGACGGAGAUAAGUGUGUGACCAUGAAUAACUGUGGAUGUAACCUCGAAGGGAGAUAUUUGAAGGCAAAUGAAGUUGUGGUUUCCGAGGACUGCAGGCAGCGUUGUACCUGUCGGUCGGGUGUUGUGUCAUGCGUCAAUAUCAGUUGUGCCGCCAGCGAGGUGUGCCAGCUCCGAGAAGGGUUACGCGGUUGCCAGCCGAGGGAAUCUCAGUGUACCCUAAGAGCUGACCAUCACUUCACCACUUUUGAUGGGGUGUCUGGAAUGUUUCCAAAUGAAGGGUCGUACGUGAUGUCGUCAUCUUGCAACGCAAGCGACAAAGAGCGUUUUAUGGUUGUCGUCGACGUAAGAAAAUGCAGCGGAAAGUCUAAAAGUGGAAUAACUCUGCACAUCCUCACAUCACUGGGGCUGAUAUCCGUCAACAAAGAGCGGGAAGUCUGGUUAAACGGAUGGGAGCUGCACGCCCCAAGUGUCCUCGGAGGUGGCUCUGUACAGAUUGAGGUUUCUGCAGAUACAGUAACUAUUGUGCUGCGGGACCAGGUCACGGUGACGAUGAACGCCGGCGGCGAGAUCAAACUGAUCGGCAAAAAACAAACAGCCGGAAAUAUAUGUGGGCCCUGCGGAAACUUCAAUGGGGUUGCCAGCGAUGAUCUCCGGCUGCGGAAUGGCGGCCCCUCAAUGGACAUCGCGUUCACAAUAAGCUCCUGGUUUGCAAAACACCUGAGCCCAUGUCCGGUAUGAGAAGAUUAAUCUACACCAUUCUUCCCAAGAAACUUCAAAUCCUGUCUUCUCCACUGUAAGGAUCUCCUGUUACUCUAAUGUAUGUCCUCAAACGGACAUUUGCUUGAAACAUAAGCGUUUCUACAGUAGCUUAGAAAAAGUGCUCAUCUACUGUACCAUUAAUGUAUACUUAAUUAUGCCGUCCUGUAUUUUUAUUGUUGUGAAACAUGUAUGCUUGGUAAAAUGGAACUAAAGCUAAUAAAAAAAUAAAUUAACAUUG